AUGGAUCAGAGCGAGAACGCGGCCGAUGAGGUGACAGCUCUUGCUGGCCCUCGCCAGCAAUAUGUCGUCGCUAGACGGGCCUCGGCUGCGCCGUUCUGGAACGCAGCAUCGCCAACCGAGAACGAAGGCGACAUCUGGGAACUAUUUGAAGUCUAUCGCCGAUCGGCGAACCGCUACUUGAACCAGUACUUUGACUGCCUGGACCGCCUACGGGCCUCCAGCGCUGACAUCAGCGCGGGUGGUCGGUCACAAGAAAUCGCCAUUCGCGGAAACUCUGAGGGGGAGAGUGACGUCUGGCUGCUGAAGAUCUCGCAUGACAGCGCGGUACGAGAUCUCGUCGCACUAGACAAGAUUUUAGACAAAGCCAAGAGUGAAGGAAAACCGCGAGGGAGAGACAUUUCUCCAGCCUUAAAGUUGUGGACUUUUACAUGUUCUAUUCUGGCCUUGAUUAUACCCAAGAAGGUGACUCCGACCCUCUUCCAAGUGCCCCCGACCUUCUUCCAAGUAUCCCCGACCUUCUUCCAAGUGUCCCCGACCUUCUUCCAGGUGUCCUCGGUUUUCUUCCAGGUCGGCGCCAUUGCCGGCGCCCUGCUGCUCACUUCCCGCAUCUUCCGAAAACCUCCUCGGGUCAACAGGCUGGACCCUGUGCAACACAAGGUCCUGGACCUGAUCCGUUCGUUUGAACAAGAUGCGAUGAAGCAGCGAGAUCGGGGUGAGGUUCUUAUCUCUCCUGUGGACUUGGAUACAUGA